UUGAGCAAUAGAAGAGUGAUGGCAGAAAUGCUAAUCGACAUAUAUUCUAAAUCUUAGAUUGGCACCUGGCAUGUCACCUUUGAACAAGAAAAGCAUAGCAAGCAAAAUAAGCAGUAUCCGUUAUCUUAGACAGCUUCAUGCACAACUCGUCCUUCAUGGCCUGCACCACCAAAACCACUGGGUGGCGCAUCUCCUUACCCAAUGCACGCGCCUCCGUGCACCCUCAAACUACACCUGCCAUAUUUUUCAUGUGGCAGCAUCCCCGAAUGCACACGUCUUCACCUGCAUGCUCAAAUAUUGCUCCCACAUUGGUGCUGACCCAGUAGUAGUUCCCCUCUUUAAACACAUGCAAUACUAUGCCAUAAAGCCCGACACAUCGUUCUACCCAGUUUUGAUAAAAUCUGCUGGAAAGACCAGCAUGCUGCUUCAUGCUCAUGUACUGAAACUUGGACAUAGUCAUGACCAUUAUGUUCGAAAUGCAAUUAUGGGUAUGUAUGCCACGUAUGGACCUAUCGAGCUUGCCAGGAAACAGUUUGAUGAAAUGCCUGAUAGAACCGUUGCAGAUUGGAAUGUCAUGAUCUCUGGAUACUGGAAGAGCGGGAAUGAAGAGGAAGCAAACAGGCUUUUUCAUAUGAUGGAUGAGCCAGAAAGGAACGUUAUUACUUGGACCACCAUGGUUACUGGGCAUGCAAAAUUUAGGAAGUUGAAGUCUGCAAGGAUGUAUUUUGAUAAGAUGCCAGAAAAAAGUGUGGUAUCUUGGAAUGCAAUGCUAUCAGGAUAUGCCCAAAAUGCAGCAGCACUAGAGACUGUAAGAUUGUUCAAUGACAUGCUUAACUCUGGAAAUGAACCAGAUGAAACAACCUGGGUAACUGUUCUAUCAUCUUGUUCAUCUCUCGGUGAUCCUUGUCUUGCUGAGCCAAUUGUCAGAAAGCUAGACAAAAUGAAUUUCCGUUCAAAUUAUUUUGUCAAGACAACUCUGCUUGAUAUGCAUGCAAAAUGCGGGAACCUUGAGGCAGCUCAGAAGAUUUUCGAACAAUUGGGUGUGUAUAAGAAUUUUGUUGCAUGGAAUGCCAUGAUCUCUGCUUAUGCAAGAGUAGGUAAUUUAUUAUCGGCCAGAGACCUUUUUAACAAGAUGCCAGAAAGGAAUACUGUCUCUUGGAACUCGAUGAUUGCUGGUUAUGCUCAAAAUGGCGAGUUACUAAUGGCGAUCAAGCUGUUCAAGGAAAUGAUCUCUAGUAAUGAUUCAAAACCAGAUGAGAUGACUAUGGUAAGUGUUUUUUCUGCUUGUGGACACCUUGGGGCGCUAGGUUUGGGCAAUUGGGCUGUCAGCAUCCUCAAUGAAAAUCACAUCAAGCUUAGCACCUCAGGAUACAAUUCUUUGAUUUUCAUGUACUUAAGAUGUGGGAGCAUGGAAGAUGCCAGAUUAAUAUUUCAAGAAAUGACAACCAGAGACUUGGUUUCCUACAACACAUUGAUUUCAGGGCUUGCAGCCCAUGGGCAUGGAAUGGAAAGCAUAGAGCUAAUGUCGAAAAUGAAAGAAGAUGGUAUUGAACCAGACCGCAUAACAUAUAUCGGUGUAUUGACUGCAUGCAGUCAUGCUGGAUUAUUGGAAGAAGGUCGGAAAGUUUUUGAAUUGAUCAAAGUUCCUGAUGUAGACCACUAUGCAUGUAUGAUUGAUAUGCUAGGUCGAGUUGGUAAAUUAGAAGAAGCUAUGAAAUUAAUUCAAAGCAUGCCAAUGGAACCCCAUGCAGGAAUUUAUGGAUCUCUUUUAAAUGCUACCAGGAUUCAUAAACGAGUUGAACUAGGCGAGCUAGCUGCAGAUAAGCUGUUCAAGGUUGAGCCACAUAAUUCUGGCAAUUACGUGUUGCUUUCUAACAUAUAUGCUUUGGCUGGUAGGUGGAAAGAUGUUGACAAAGUUAGGGAUAAAAUGAGAGAACAGGGAGUGAAUAAAACAACUGCCAGGAGCUGGGUAGAGCACACCUCAUAAGAUCAUUGUCGAAAGCAGAUCACAUGAACGAUCAGAUGUUAUCUAUAAUCUACUGGCAAAUCUCAAGUUUAAGUUGAGGAGGUAUAUGUAAUUGACAAAAGUUGUGUGCUGAUGGAUGUCGAAUAAGGAGAAAAGGUGGAGAUAGUGGGUGUUCGUAGCGAGAAGUUGGCUCUCCGUUCUGCUUUUCUAGUCGCUGAUAUGAUGUCAUGAUAAGAUUGUGGAAAAUUUCAAGGAUGUGUAGUGAUUUGAUUACCAUACAAGCAUCAUGGUGAAAUCCAAGUUCAAUGAAAAAAAAAAUUGUCAGGGAUAAUACAA